AUGGAGAUCUCGAAAAAUGAUCGAAUUAGCGAUUUACCAAAACACAUAAGGCAACACAUACUCUCCUUCUUACCUUACAAACAAGCCAUUGCAACAAGCUUAUUAUCGACAACUUGGAGGUUCGAUUGGUUCAACAUCGAAAACUCGUAUUUUCCCGAGUUGUGGAGAUCAUAUGAUCAAUACUACGACAACUUGACGACAUCGCAUAACCCCAUCUCGCGUUACCUACAUUUCCUUGAUAACACUCUUAGAAGAAUCAGGUACUUUUUAGGUGAUGAUCAACUAUCGAUCCCAAAUCUUAAGCUUCGAAUACAUCCAUUGUUGGCCGCGUUUAGUCCUGACAUUGCUGAAUUUCUACCUAGACUUAAGGUUAAGAAUUUAUCUCUUUCUAUCUUUUUGGAUUUUGAUUUUAAUAACUCGAAUGACUUUGUUAUAAGCUCUGUCUCGACACUGCCAAUGUUAUCGGAAUUAGAAAUUUAUAACAAUUACCUACCGUCAUCUAUCGUGCCUUGCCUAGCAGCCAUCGUUACGCGUCGUUUACAAAAACUGUCUCUUAUCUCAAUCACUAUCGAGCAAUCUAAGAUCGAUAAAGUGAUUGUGGGUUGUAAUUGUAUCGAGAGUUUAAGCUUUGAGCAAUGUGUUGGCCUCACAUAUCUUAACCUUGUUGGGGUUUCGAAGUUAACAGAACUCGUUCUUAAGUAUAAUAGUAACUUGGCAAGUGUUGUGAUGGAUGAUGGUGCAACAAAUUUUCGAUAUUUGGAGUAUGUUCCUAGUGAAUUAUUUGAUGAUGGGUUGCUAGUUUUGUCUAAUGUUGGCUCAUUAGAAGAGCGAGAUUUGAUGAGUUCUAAACUUCCAAUGGGAUGUGUGAAUUUUCGACUUUCCAAUUCGUGUAGUAUUAAGAAAUUAAAAAUUUCUUGUGAUAUUCUAGUACAAAAUGCAUUGUGUAUGAGUGAUCUUGAAAUUCUGAAUAUUGUGUGCCUUGAAAAGAGGCGGCUAGACUUACUUCGUCUAGAUUCGUGUAAACGUUUGACACACUUACAUAUAACAACUUCUUAUUCAAUGACUGAUGAAUGCCUGAACUCGAAUCUCUCAAGACUUGGUAACCUUAAGGUCUUAGAGAUUAAGUAUUGCGACGAAUUGAGGCAUGUGAAGAUUGCUCAAGAACAUCUAAAGACAUUGAUACUAUACAAUUGCAGAAGCUUGGAAUGUGUUGUGAUGGAUUGUCCCAACCUAUCUCACUUUAAAUAUGAAGGAUAUAUUGUUCUUGAUCUUGUUGGAAGGUCUAUAAUUAGUCCAUGUAGUUUCGUCGAGCUUGCUUGCUAUCGAUUCUCUAAGAUAGUGCAUGCCAAUUUACUAGCAGUGCUCAACAUAUUCGGAAAUUCCAAGCAUCUGACCUUACGAAACUUGAGAAUCGAGGUACUAAUUAUGUUCCUUAUCAAGGAGAAAUAUAUAUGA